GGCUACAGGCGCCGAGCGCUGGGCUCCAGAUCUCUGAGUAAAAGCAGCAACCACAAGAGAGAAGUGGACGACGACACUACUGCUGCCCCAGCCUGCCCAUCAGCCUCCCCGCCGCUCCCUCACCGUUGUCCCUGCCGGUCCUUUCUGGGUGCGACCGGCAACCAUGCCGCCCCAGGGCUGAGGAGGCCCCGUGGCGAGGCCCGCGUCCCGGCGGUCCUGGCAACGACGGCACAUGGAGAACUUCCGUAAGGUGCGCUCCGAAGAGGCAACGGCGGGGUUUGGGACCAAGGGGGGCGGCCUCGGCCCCUUUGCCGACCUCGCACCGGGCGCCGUGCACAUGAGGGUCAAGGAGGGCAGCAAGAUCCGGAACCUACUGUCCUUCGCCACCGCCAGCAUGGCACAGCCAGACACGCGUGCCAUCAUCUUCAGCGGCUGCGGUCGGGCCACUACCAAGACGGUCACGUGCGCCGAGAUCCUCAAGCGCCGCCUGGCUGGCCUGCACCAGGUCACACGGCUGCGCUACCAGAGCGUGCGCGAGGUAUGGCAGAGCCUUCCACCAGGGCCCACACCCGGGCAGAAGCAUAGCGUGCCAGGCGCCAGUCUCAGUGUACUUAAGAACGUGCCCAGCCUCGCCAUCCUACUUUCCAAGGAUGCACUGGAUCCGCGCCAACCCGGCUACCAGUCCCCGAGCCCCUAUUCUGACCCCUCGUACCUGCCAGUGGCGGCGACGUCCAAGAGGAGCCUAGGGGAAGCCGAUGUAGCAGAAGGCUCCUCGAAAGGGACACAGCCUGAGCCACGUGCUGCGAAAGAGGACCUGACGGCCUGAGAACUCUGUUCUGGGCCACCUAGUCCUGGCUUUUAGCCCUAGCGCUUUGACCUUGAGAUGCAUUUCCUGCCGCUCACGUUCCGUCUUCUGGAGCUCACAGCCUGGUCUCAGCUCCUCAGACUUCCAUCAUGGACCCCACAGCCAAAAGAGGAAGACCCCAGGGAAGUGUCGUGGGCCAGUUGCUCCUCCACGUGUGUUGCGGGAAGACUCAGAAUUUCACCUUCAGCUUUGCUGAGCCUUACUGGAACUUCUUCAGGGAGGGUAUGGUGGGCAGUGGAACUCUUGAGCCUUGCCCAAAACCCACAAGGGUUAAGGGCACCUAGCAUCAAAGGGCUGAGGAGCAGGAGUGUGGAAGCCAAGGACGCGUGGGAUCACCCUCAUCCAUUGGCAGCGGAGGGCACCGGGUGAGAAAUGGACUGCUUGGGGGCAGGAGAGUCUGAGUUGCAGGGAGCCCCAUUCUUCCCCUCACCCCAGGACAGUUUGCCUUUCUAGUUUCCCUUCUCUUGCUUAUAAGGAGCAUUCUGAGAUCAUGGUGGCAGAGGUGUGGCCACAAGCUCUAGCUCCAUUAACGUCACCCAUUCCCCAAGUUGGCCCAGAGGGAGAGACCCAGGACAAAACUCUCUGUGCUUCCUCCCUUGAGCCCAAUAGCUGGAAUGUUGCUUCCAAUAAAAUAAACACGAAAAUG